UGGCCCCUGGGCGGGGCCUUGGCUGUGUGCCCCAAGCAUCGCCCUGAGGGGUGCAGCCCCAGGCAGGCGGGCGUGGGGGAGGCCUCCGCCGCCGCCAUCCCCACGGGCCCCUCUUUGUCCCCUAGGUUCCCGCUGCAGCAGGAGAGCGGGCAGACGGUGGAGUGCACGGUGGCCCAGUACUUCAAGGACCGGCACAAGCUGGUCCUGCGCUACCCCCACCUCCCAUGUUUACAAGUCGGGCAGGAGCAGAAACACACCUACCUUCCUCUCGAGGUCUGUAACAUCGUGGCAGGACAGAGAUGUAUAAAGAAGUUGACCGACAAUCAGACCUCAACCAUGAUCAGAGCGACGGCCAGGUCGGCGCCCGAUCGGCAAGAGGAGAUUAGCAAGCUGAUGAGAAGUGCGAGUUUCAACACCGACCCCUACGUCCGGGAAUUUGGAAUCAUGGUCAAAGACGAGAUGACGGACGUGACUGGCCGGGUCCUGCAGCCGCCCUCCAUCCUCUACGGGGGCCGGGUACGUGCGCGGGGUGGGCCCGGGGUGUCCACACACCGACCACGGGUGUCCCCCAUCGGGUGCCGCCCCAAGUCCAGGCAGAGAACCCUCUCCUCCAGGUCCUUCACGGAGCAGCUCAGAAAGAUCUCCAGGGACGCGGGGAUGCCGAUCCAGGGCCAGCCGUGCUUCUGCAAGUACGCCCAGGGCGCCGACAGCGUGGAGCCCAUGUUCCGGCACCUGAAGAACACGUACACGGGCCUGCAGCUGGUGGUGGUCAUCCUGCCGGGCAAGACCCCCGUCUACGCCGAGGUGAAGCGCGUGGGGGACACGGUGCUGGGGAUGGCCACCCAGUGCGUGCAGAUGAAGAACGUGCAGCGGACCACGCCGCAGACGCUGUCCAACCUCUGCCUGAAGAUCAACGUCAAGCUGGGGGGCGUGAACAACAUCCUGCUGCCGCAGGGCAGCGCCGCCUCCUGCCCGCAGGUCGUGGGCAGCAUGGACGCCCACCCCAACCGCUACUGCGCCACCGUGCGGGUGCAGCAGCACCGCCAGGAGAUCAUCCAGGACCUGGCGGCCAUGGUGCGCGAGCUGCUCAUCCAGUUCUACAAGUCCACGCGCUUCAAGCCCACGCGCAUCAUCUUCUACCGCGACGGCGUGUCCGAGGGGCAGUUCCAGCAGGUCCUGCACCACGAGCUGCUGGCCAUCCGCGAGGCCUGCAUCAAGCUGGAGAAGGACUACCAGCCGGGCAUCACCUUCAUCGUGGUGCAGAAGCGGCACCACACGCGGCUCUUCUGCACGGACAAGAACGAGCGGGUCGGGAAGAGCGGAAACAUUCCAGCAGGCACCACCGUGGACACGAAGAUCACCCACCCGACCGAGUUCGACUUCUACCUGUGCAGUCACGCUGGCAUCCAGGGAACAAGCAGGCCCUCCCACUACCACGUGCUUUGGGAUGACAAUCGUUUCUCUUCCGACGAGCUGCAGAUCCUCACCUACCAGCUGUGUCACACCUAUGUGCGCUGCACGCGCUCGGUGUCCAUCCCAGCGCCAGCAUACUACGCUCACCUGGUGGCCUUCCGGGCCAGGUACCACCUGGUGGAUAAAGAACAUGACAGUGCUGAAGGAAGCCAUACCUCCGGGCAGAGUAACGGGCGGGACCACCAGGCGCUGGCCAAGGCGGUCCAGGUCCACCAGGACACGCUGCGCACCAUGUACUUUGCUUGACAUGUUGUGUUUACGAUUGUGUGCGGAGUCGGAUUCACACGAGACCAGCGACACUCAGACCAACCGACGCCAGCCCCGUGGCAGCCAGCACUGGACACCACGCGUCGUGGACUCAGCCGAGGCUCCUUUCCCAGAAUGCCUUCCGUCCGGACUUCACACUCGUUCUGAGCUGCAGACCUGUAUGAGACCCCACUGUCGCAGGAGAGAUGGUUUGCCAAAAUCUAUCCGCUGCUUAUUACAUAGUCCCGUAUUUCCUAAAAACAUCUCCUAAAAGCAGUCUAUGAACUCAGGGCUUUAAAACAUUUUUAAUUUAUUUGGUCAUUCGAUUAACUUGUUUUUAACACGUGAUUCUGUAUGGAAUUGAUGGGCUCAAACUAGCUGUGAGCGUUCUCUGAGGGUGAAAGCAACGCAAACACUAUUGUGGUUUUAAAGCCUUGACCAUUCUGACGUUGUCACUCACGCGUGUCCCACGCGACACUCGUGUGCCCUGACGUGGCUCCGCAAGCUCUUAGGGACCCACGGUGGGUGCCCCACCCGCGGGGAAAGGGGCUGGGACACCAGAGACCACGCCCACUCAACAUUUCUAGGUCCAGAGAGAUUGGCAGCCAAGUGCCAUUUUAAUAAAAAUUUAUUUAAAAAAACAAAAAAAAAGAAGAAAAAAGAUGGUAUGCCGACAGUCUAAUGGUGAGAUUGGUCCUCUAGGACUGUGACAUUUAUUUUCCAAAGUUUCUAAAGAAUACGGGUCUGUGGUGAUGAUACAGUACAAUCCUUUCACUGUAUGUCUUUAAUGUAGAGAAUAUAUAUAUCUGGUUGCAGUAUUAA